AUGCUGAGGAGCUUCACUCGGCUGGCUAAGGGGCUCGCUCGCUGGGGGGGCCCCAGAUGUGGUCCUCAAAGAGCAGAACCAGCGUCUCGAGGAGUCUUGCCUUCUUCCCAGAUGCCGUUGUGGAAAGCCGCAGUGAGUAUAGGAUCAUAGAGCUGUAGAUUCGGAAGGGAUCCCAAGGGUGAUCCAGUCCAACCCUCUGCAGUCACAGCAUACAUGAGUUGGACGUUCUUUGUGGUUCUGGGACAGUGAUGUUUCAAGCCAUCAUCUAAACGAGAUCCACCAAAUGAGGUCAAAUUUGGGAUCAUUUGGAUGAUGGGUUAAAGAUUGGCCUUUUGCCUGUGCUUUUGGGCACAGAGACUGCUGCCCAGUUGUCUGAUUUGCUGUGUUUUUAUUGGUUUUCUUUUAAAUCUGAUUUUUAUGAUUUUAUUGAUACUACUCCCCUACCCUGCAAUGUCACCUAACAUCCUUCUCUGGUUCUGAGGAGAAGCACUUUUUAUCUGUCACAAACAUACCACCCUUUAUGCUCUUGUCACACAGCCUGACUGUGCUAAUAGCACUGUGCUGGUAGCAGGAUAGGUGCUCGGACUCGCUAAGUGCAGAUUUCAACAGCUCGGGGCUGUCUACACAACCUACUCUUAAAGCUCGCAUCUUCCCUUGACAUAAUAUUGGGGACUGUAAUUUGCCCAUCACAGAAUUACCAUUUCCUGCCCCAUCAACAAACUGCAGUUUCCUGCAUUCUUUGGGGGAAGUCAGGUGCUUUGAACGUAUGGUGUGUAUUCAGAUACGGUAUCAGUUUUGAGCACCAGCGAGACCAGUUUCACAGAAAACAGAAGUUAAUUAUUAUUUUUUUUAUUUUUUUUUAAAUAAUUUUUAUUAAGUUUAAAACAACAUAACAAAAAAAAAACCCGAAAACAGAAGUUAAUUAGGGUAGCUGAAGUUUUGCCAGUUCUUUCGUAGCUUUCAUGUUCCCUGACUUUCGGCAGUGUUAGAUGGGGCUGGCAGGAAUGCAGCAACAUCUGUAGAGCCAAAGAUUCCCCACCCCUGUUGUAAAUAAAGAGAUUGCGCUCUCGUGCAAGAUGGGUGCUGUAUCGAGUGCAAAGCCCAUGUCACGUUAUUGUGCAUGGAUGUGACUAUAAGAGUAAUUUAAAGGUAAAGGGACCCCUGACCAUUAGGUCCAGUCGUGGCCAACUCUGGGGUUGCGGCGCUCAUCUUGCUUUAUUGGCCAAGGGAGCCGGCGUACAGCUUCCGGGUCAUGUGGCCAGCAUGACUAAGCCACUUCUGGCGAACCAGAGCAGCGCACGGAAAUGCCAUUUACCUUCCCGCCGGAGUGGUACCUAUUUAUCUACUUGCACUUUGACGUUCUUUCGAAGUGCUAGAUUGGCAGGAGCAGGGACCGAGCAAUGAGAGCUCACCCGUCGCAGGGAUUCAAACCGCUGACCUUCUGAUCAGCAAAGGGACCCCUGACCAUUAGGUCCAGUCGUCGCCGACUCUGGGGUUGCGGCGCUCAUCUUGCUUUACUGGCCGAGGGAGCCGGCGUACAGCUUCCGGGUCAUGUAGCCAGCAGGACCAAGCCGCUUCUGGCGAACCAGAGCAGCGCACGGAAACACCGUUUACCUUCCCGCCGGAGCGGUACCUAUUUAUCUACUUGCACUUUGAUGUGCUUUCGAACUGCUAGGUUGGCAGGAGCAGGGACCGAGCAAUGGGAGCUCACCCCGUCGCGGGGAUUCAAACCGCCAACCUUCUGAUCGGCAAGUCCUAGGCUCUUUGGUUUAACCCACAGCUAAAAACAUUAUUUUUUAGACCAGGGUUUCCCAAACUUGGGUCUCCAGCUGUUUUGGGGCUACUAUUCCCAUCAUCCCUGGCCGCUGGUCCUGCUAGCUAGGGAUGAUGGGAGCUGUAGUCCAAAAACAGCUGGAGACCUAAGUUUGAGAAACCCUGGUUUAGACAAGUCUAUUCAAAUGCUUAUAACGUUGAGGCAAUUUAAAUCUGUUUUAGUAUUUUAAUUUUUGCGUCUUUUUAGAGUAUGGCUGUUAUUUUUUUCUUGAUUUUCUUGUUUUAUAUUUGAGAUAUUUUUUACAAUCAAGUGGAGUAUAAUUUUUAUAAAAUAAAUAAUUACCACUGAAACUGGCUCAGAGCCAGCUGGGGCAGAGUGUCAUCUUAGCUGUCUGCCCAUUACGUCAGAAAGCAGAAAGCAGCCUCCAGCCUUUGGUAGUGAUUCACACCCACACACCCAGAUCUAUCUCCAUGAGUAGAAUGUGUCCUUUUAUUUAAAAUGCAUCUCUGGGUUAUUUGUGGGGCAUAGGAAUUUGUUCAUUCCCCACCCCACCCCCCAACAAAAAUAUAUAGUCCGCCCCCCCACAAGGUCUGAGGGACAGUGGACCGGCCCCCUGCUUAAAAAGUUUGCUGACCCCGAUGUAUCAUCAUGAUUUUACUGUGUACUAUUAUAUUCUAAUUAAGUAAUGUUACUUUAUUUGAUUUAAGUUACUCCAAUUUAAAGUUAUGUUUUAGGUGUGUGUUCUUCGUUGUAUACUUUGUUGCUGUAAACCGCCUUGUGAAUAGUAAUAUAGAAAGGUGGUAGACAAAUUAAAAAUGAAAUUAAAUCAGCUGUCAAAUCAUUUCCAUCUGCCCCCCUACUUUCCAUGACUUUCCUAGGGUUACACUCAUGCUGUGUAUGUACGUUCAUACAUAUACAUUCAUGUGUGUGUGUGUGUGUGUGUGUGUGUGUGUGUGUAUAUAUAUAUAUAUAUAUGAAUUCAAAGGAGGACUUGAACAGGAAAUCAUAGGAAAAACUUUGAUAAAUGUUUUGUUGUUGUUGUUUUUGCUUUCUCAUGCUUAGAUGACCCCCACUUUUGGCCUUUGCCCCCCCAGAACCUGGACCCUGGAAGAUUCAAAGAGUUUGAAUGCAUCCCUCAAGCUGAAAGUGGUUCCCUACCCCUAGAUUGAAUGCAUUCAGCAGCUGAUGAGAGUGUCAGGGGCAAAAACUGGAGCUGGGCCUAUACCUAGGAGCUUUGAAGGGUGGGAGAGCAGAGCAGGAUGGGAAGAAAGCUGUGUGUGUCCCUGGUGGAAAAUGCUGUAAAUCACAGGUGAUGCUUUUGCUGUGCUAUAACCUGGAUCCUUAUCCCCUCUUUUCUCCGCACCUUUAGUUCCCUGGCUUACGUACAUUCCCUUUCUUUUCAGGCACUAUUCCAUGAGUCUGAGCAUGCAAAGGACUAUUCCAUCCCCAAUGCCAGCUGGACUCCAGAGAUGGUGAAUCAGUUCAACAGAUUCAUGGCGAUGGCGAAAGACGGAACGUGGAAAAGGCUGCCUUCUUAUAGGAAUGUUGCAGAUCACGUUCCAGGCAAGGACCUCUUUUUCAUUCCUUUCUCUCUCUCCUUGCUAAAACCUUUGCCACCAGCCUCUGUUUCAUCCAGAAUAUCAGGGAUGGCAAACUGGUAGUCCUCUGCAUGUUCUUUGAUUCCAGCUCCAAUUGUUCUCGUUCUGUUCUGCCCAAUGUCAAAUUUGGGCUUCUAGUGUUGUAUCUCCUUUCCCUUGGAAUCACCCUCCUCUUAAAUAUUACUAUACAGGUGCCCACUGAAGACCUUCCAUUUCCAAGACGCCAUUUAAGUAGAGAUUUUCCCCAGUCUGUAUCUCUGCUGAAAUUGAUUUUUAAAUAGUUGUACAGAUGUUUUUAUUUGUUUUAUUCAUUGCAUUUGUUCCCUUCUGUGGACUCCAAUUGUUCUUGUUCUGUUCUGCAGAAUGUCAGAAUUGGGCUUCUAGUGUUGUGACUGAAAGGGGGUUGUUGUUGUUGUGUAUUUGUGUUUUCAUUUUGUAUUUUGUUGUAUACCUCCCUGUGAUUUUGGGGCGAAGGUUGGCAUAUCCAUUUAAUAGCUAAUAAUAUUUAGUGGGCGCCUUAAAAAUCAUUCAUAAGGCGCCUGUCUGAGCAGGCCGGUGGCAGGAGCACCUGAAAGGAAGACACCUAAAAGCUACGUGAUGAAACCCUGCCCUCGUCCCUGCCUCUUCCUCUUUCCCAGGCACCGAGAGUUACUCGGUGUUGUUACUGCAUGCAGGUGAGUCCAUAAUAAGACCGUGCUCAUUCACGACUUGAUGCUGCUCCCACAGUAAGGAUGAGGCAAGGGAACGAGCUAAAGGACAGAGCCAGCCGUCUCUUCCUCAGGAACCUCGACGAGGAAGGCAUGGGCUUUGAAUACGCGAUGUUUCUCAACCCGUCGGAGAAAAGGAUGGUGUCCGUGUUCCAGCUUGGUCCCUACCUCGAAGGGCCUCCAGGGUAAGGACUGAACCAGAACCGUGAACCAUUUUCUAAACCAUGGCCCCUUGGAGGUGUUUGAGUGAAUUUGGUGGGCACCAUCCACCUGGCCAUUUUUCUGUGCCCUUCCCUGGAUCAGCGCUCCCAGUAGAGAAAUUGCACAUGUAUACGCCUCACUUUUCCAAGGGAUGUGGGUAAAAGCAGGUUCCAGUGGAAUUACCGUAUUUUUCGCUCUAUAGGACGCACCCGACCGUAGGACGCACCUUGUUUUAGAGGGGGAGAGCAAGAAAAAAAAUCUCCCCCUCUCUGCUCAGCGCCCCUUCAGCGAAGCACCAGGAGAAACGGAGCUCCUUCCAUUUCUCCUCCCGCUUGGCUGAAGGGGCGCUGCGCAACUCUCCCUCUCUGCUGAAGCCAGGAGAGUCUUGCCCUCCUGGCUUUAGCGAAAGGAGCCGAAGUCUUUGGAGCACAGCGCGAGGUCCUGCUGCGCUCCAAAGGCUUCAGGGAUAGCCGCCUGAAGCCUUUGGAGCGCAGCGGGACCUCGUGCUGCUCUCCAAAGGCUUCAGGCGGCUAUCCCUGAAGCCUGGAGAGUGAGAUGGGUCAGUGCGCACUGACCCCUCUCGCUCUCCAGGCUUCAGCGAAAGCAACGUGUAGCCUCCGGAGUGCGGAGGGAGCGCUCCCUCUGCGCUUCGGAGGCUUCGCGUUGCUAUCGCUGAAGCCAAGGAGCCUGCAUUUGCUCCAUAGGACGCACACACAUUUCCCCUUAAUUUUUGGAGGGGGAAAAGUGUGUCCUAUAGGGCGAAAAAUACGGUAAUUUGAGCCUGCAGAGGUUCAGGGGCGUGGUGGCCUGGGAGAGGGCCUUCCUAAGUUGUGGAACUUCCUCCCCACGGAGGUGCAGCUGGAACCCUCAUUACACUGCUUUUGGCAAAUUCUGAAGACCCGCCUCUCAAACCUGGCCUUUGACACCUGAGACUUGUGUUUUCAGGGACCACCACCCUAUUCCUUUUUUAUUUUUUUAUUUCCAAAACAAACAAAAAAAUAAAAUUUACAAACAUCAAAUUCAGCAUCCGUAUUUGUUUCCUAACAUAAACCUGUUACAUGAUCAGCUAAAUCAAAUAUACCUAAUUACUCUAAACUUCUCUUUGCUGUAUACAAAUACAUCACAAUUAGAAAUUAUAUAUUAAAACUUUUAUUUAUAUUGCUCACCACCCUAUUCCUGUGGCUGUGAUCUGUUUUAAAUGUUCUGAAUCUUGAAUCUUGCAUUGUUAUAACCACGUUUUGGGACCUGUUGCUUAAGGGUGGGUUAAAAAUUCAGUAAUAAUUAUUCCAACGAUAAUGGCAAUAUCCCUUCUCCCGUAACAGUGGGCAAAUGUAGUGCCUCUUUAAACAGGCAGUCCAGGAGUACCUGGUAUCCACUCCUGCUCUGGGACCUCGUGUCUCCCUGAAUCCACGCUCUCCUGCCUCCAUAGCCAUGCGUGGAAGUCAUCUUUGCACAUCAUCUUCUUUGUUUCCACAAAGUUUGUGUGGUUUUUAUUUUUUAAAUAAACUUUUGUUUUUUACAGGUUUGUACACGGCGGCUGCAUCGCCACCAUCCUGGACAGCGUCCUUGGCACAUGUGCCAUCUUUGUCGCUGGCAGGGUGUUCACCGCAAACCUCACCAUAAACUACAAGAGGUGAGCAAACCUGCCUUUGUAAAACUAAGAACUUAGGAAAUCGGCAUAGGUCAUGGGUUUGAUUUUAAGCACUCUGCAAAUCUUUCAACACAUUUGGCAAAGCAAGAGUCCAUUCAGUAAUAAGAAUUCUUUUUUUUAAAAAAAUAUAAUUUUUUAUUAGUUUUUUUUAACAUGUCAUUUUCAACAGUAAUUAAACAUACUUUUACAUCUUAUUCAAAUUUUUGACUUCCAUCAAUCCUGUCUGAAAAUUUUCCAAUCUAAUCUCUCAGUAUGCAUUUCUUAUUUUUCCUAUUACAUUUCAAACUCAUAACCAAUAUCUCUAUCUUUUUCUACUUUGUAACACUUCGUAUAUUUCUCCUUACAAAACUUCUUGUAAUCCUACUAGCGUAAUUUGUUGAUUACAGUUGCUCUUCAAAUAAUUCAUAUACUUCUUCCAAUCUUCUGUAAAUCUCUGGUCCCGCAGGUUUCGAAUCCUUCCUGUCAUUUUGUCCAAUUCUGCAUAGUCCAUUAAUUUUGUCUGCCAUUCUUCUUUCGUCGGAAUUUCUUCUUGUUUCCAUUUCUGGGCUAACAAUACUCUUGCCGCAGUUGUUGCAUAUAAAAACAAUUUAGCCAUUCAGUAAUAAGAAUUCAGGACAUUUGAAUAGAACACAUACUCUCCUAGGUUCUUAUUUAAACUUCUCCAAGGGUCUGUCUGGUUUAAAGUUGACUCCGCUACAAAACAUACUAGCAACAGUACAGAAGUCAGCCUAUGCUAUUCUGAAGUUUUUCUAUUCUGAAGGUGGCAGGCUGGUAAUUCCAGCCCUAAAAGUCUAACUAGGGGAAGUAGUAGCUCAAAUGCAGUAUGGUAUUGAGAUCUGGGGGAUAAAUCACAACAACCAAGAGGUCCAGAGGGUGGCAACACAAGAACGGGGCCUUCUCUGCAGUGGCUCCCCUUCUGCGGGAUGCUGUCCCCAGGGAAGUUCACCUGGUGCCUUCAUUAUACACCUUUUGGCACCAGGCAAAAACAUUCCUUUUUAACCAGGCCUUUGGUUGAUUUGAUUGACACCCUAUGCCCUUUUAAAAUGUGGGGGUUUUUUGGGGAGAAGGGGUUAUUGGGUUGUUGCUUUUAUUUUGAUUAUGUAUUUUGAGGUUUUAUAUUUUGAUUUUGUUCUGUGAACUGCCCUGAGGCCUCUGGGUAUAGGUUGGUAUAUAAUUUCAAUAAAUAAUAAUAACCUGAAAGACCUUCAAGUCUGCCAGAAUAAGUUCCUAAGGUGUCUACUGGCAGUACCUCCAGGUACCCCAGCUGCUUUCCUUAGGACAGAGACAGGCAUGGUGUCUCUGUCCUAAAAGCUCCAUCCUAAAAGCUAGGAUGGAGAUGGCUGCUCUUUUGUACUAUAAAAGGGUCCUGGAUAUGCCAGAGGACUGUUUGCCUAGACUCUGCCUGGAGAAACAGCGGAAGAAGGGUGGUUGGGCCAGACUAGUACAAGACAUGCCAGCCUCAAAAAACCUGACAACAGACGUUUUUGUAUUCCCUGGAGUUAAAAGACUGCUCAGGGAUUGGAUCUAUAAGCAGGAUAACGGGCAAGACAUAUCUUUAAUCUGUAUCUCAAAAUUCCCCCGUUGGUACCAUUUGCUGAAAUCUAACCACACCAGAGCCCAAUAUUUGCAGACACUUACCUUUGCCUCCCUGAUAACUGCAUUUAAAGCUCUCCGCUUUCAAACAAUGCCCACAUCAGUCUUGGAUGGAAGAUAUAAGAAAGUUCCAAGGCAUUUAAGAUGUGUGGGGCAGGUGAAGUAAAAGUCCUUCCCCAUUACAUACUCCAUUGCCAGCUCCAUCAAAACCCCAGAAAGAGAUUUUUUUUAACAGAUGUUGGCACUGCUACAGGGACAGAACCCUGGAGUGAAAAUACGUUGGCUAUUAUCUGACUGCAACCCGCUUGUCACAUAUAAAACAGACUUAUUUGCAAAAGCCACUAAAAGUUUUUGUGCUAGUCGCAUAAAAGACAAUGCUGUAGACUGUGCAGAGGACUCAUUAAUUGGAUUUAUUGUAAAUGGUUGUUUAUUUCUGGAUCUUCCUUAAUAGGUUUUAUUGGAGUUUCUCGUUUUGUAACUGGAUCUGUAAUGGCAUUUAGUCAAACACAAUAAAUAAAUAAAUGAAUGAAUGAAUGAAUGAAUGAAUGAAUGAAUGAUUGAUUGGAAGUUGAGGGGUUUUUAAAAUCCCAGUCUGUUUUGGCUGUGGAUUUGAAUUUUAAUAGAUAUAUAAUGGCUUUAUACGUGUUUUUAUUGCUGUUUUAUUGUUGUUAACCAUUUUGGGAUAAAAUAACAUCUCCCCCUGUUAGUCCUAUCCCGCUGGGCUCCGUAGUCUUGGUGGAGAGCAAGCUGGACCGGAUAGAGGGCCGGAAGGUGUUUGUCACUGGGCAUGUGCAGAGUGUCGAUGGGCAGACGGUUCACACAGAGGCCACAGGUAAUGGCUUGGUUCUUGCUAUCGUUUGCUGCUGUCGUCGGUGCUACGUCAAAGCUUUCACACAGCAUUUUAUUUUAUUUUAUUUUAUUUAUUAAUGUUGCAAUACAUAUAUAAAAUCUUUACAUAAUAAUACAUAUACAGUAUAUUCGUAAAUUCACAUUUUCACAUUUCAUUAUGUACCAACAUUUAUCCAUUUCUUAUUUCUUGCCCUGUGUCUUCCCUCCACCCAUGCGUGACUUCCUUGUUAUUAUUUUGUAACUUUAUUAUUGAGGUUGUAUUCUUGUAUCUUAAUAAUUAAACAUUCAGUCUUAUAUAUCUGCUUAGCUUAGCUUAGCUUAACUUUGUGAAAUCAGUCUAUACAGAUCAAUAAAUCCUUGUUGGAGCAUCUUUUGGUCAUGUAUUCUUCUACACAUUUCCAUUCCUGUUUGAGAUUUUGAUUAGAUUGCAUUCUAAUUGUUGUCAUUUUUGCUAAUUCAGUCACUUCAAAAAAAAUUAUGUUGCCAAUCUUUCGAUGUUGGUACUCACACAGCAUUUUAUUUUAUUUCUCCCCUCCUGUUUCUGUUUUAGCUCUCUUCAUCCAGUUGCAGUUAAAGGACUCCAUCCAGCAGCAAGCCUCUUCCAAAUAG